AGGUGUGCCCACUUGCUGCUGCCCUCCAGUGACUAGAGACUCACUCAACGUGAAUAAAACUGAGUUUGAGUUUCAGAAUAGAAACAUGGUCACAUGAGAACCAGUCUUUUCACAUUCUUCUUUUAGAGGCCGUACCAACAGGCUUUCUCAGUUUCUCUAUACUCAAAAGGCAUCCUCCCUCAUUGCGCAGGUCUAGGGUUUGAUUGGUGAAAGCAGUGGGGUGAUUAUUACCGCAAUUGGGCCUAUGUUUUUUAAAUUCUUUUUUUUAAACACCAGAGGGCUUUAUACUGUUAUUCUUAAUUCCCAUUUCUUGCGUUAGGAGUUGGCAAGAGAACAAUAGACUGGCACCCCGGCUAGGCGUAUGUGUCCUAAAAUCUUCUCAACCGUGGACUCUGCCCACGGAGUCCGCCGAUGACCUAAACCAAGCGCACCUUCUUUCAGCCCAUGACGUCAGUGUGUCCAUCUGGACCAACGAUUUGGACUGGGGCUCGAGCGCAAAACUAUCGCUAAACUCAACUGUUGCUUGGUACGUUUGGCAUCCUUACAUCAGCGACGACAACAACGAAGUGACAGCUUUAUUCUGUUUUCUUGAUGAUAUGGAGCGAUGCUUUAGUGUUAGCGGGGACAGUGGUGGCCUCACAGCCCCUGCUUCUCCCUCCCCUGUGCCCCCCGCCCUCACCCCGACCCCCCCACCUCGGAGAGCCAGAGUGAGGUACCCAGCCAUGGUGGACGUGGGGAAGUGGCCCCUCUUCACCCUGCUGGGGGCUCAGGAGGUCUCCUGCAUCAGGCAGGCCUGUGUCUUCGGAACCUCAGCCAACGAAGCUAUCUACAUCACCCAGGAAGAUGAGGUGUUUGUGUUUGGGCUGAACUGCAGUAACUGUCUGGGGACAGGAGACAGUCAGAGCACCAUGGUCCCUAAGAAACUAGACUUCCUCCGAGGCAAGAAGGUGGUCAGUCUCAGCUAUGGCAGUGGACCACACGUCUUACUGGCCACAGAAGGGGGAGAGUUGUUUGCCUGGGGGCACAAUGGAUACAGCCAGCUGGGCAACGGGACCACCAACCAGGGGGUGUUACCCAUCCUGGUUUCAACCAACCUGCAGAACAAGAAAAUAACACACGUGGCCUGUGGGUCCCAUCACUCUCUGGCCCUGACACACGAUGGAGAGGUGUUUGCGUGGGGUUACAACAACUGUGGCCAGGUGGGUUCAGGUGCCACAGCCAACCAGCCAACCCCCCGCAGGGUGACCAACUGCCUGCAGGGUAAAGUGGUGAUGGGCAUCGCCUGUGGACAGACCUCCUCCAUGGCCGUGCUCGACAACGGGGAGGUGUUUGGCUGGGGCUACAAUGGGAAUGGCCAGCUGGGAGUGGGCAACAACGGUAACCAGCUGACCCCCUGUCGCCUGGCAGCCCUCCAGGGUCUCUGUGUACUACAGAUCGCCUCAGGCUACGCCCACUCCCUGGCUCUAACAGACGAGGGCCUGCUGUAUGCCUGGGGGGCUAACACUUACGGACAGCUGGGUACGGGCAACAAGAGCAACCAGCUCAGUCCUGUACACAUCAUGGCUGAGAAGGAGAGGAUAGUGGAGAUCGCGGCGUGCCACUCCACACACACAUCUGCCUGUAAGACCCAGAGCGGCCAGGUGUACAUGUGGGGCCAGUGUAGGGGUCAAUCCAUCGUGUUGCCACACCUCACACACUUCUCCUGCACUGAUGACGUCUUCACCUGCUUCGCUACGCCGUCUGUCAUGUGGAGGCUACUCUCCAUGGAGCAUGAUGACUUCCUGACUGUGGCCCAGUCUCUGAGGAAAGAGUUCGACAGCCCUGAGACGGCUGACCUCAAGUUCAGCGUGGACGGGAAAUACAUCCACGUACACAAGGCUGUGCUCAAGAUCCGGUGUGAACACUUCCGCUCCAUGUUCCAGUCCCACUGGACAGAGGACAUGAAAGAGGUGAUUGAGAUCGACCAGUUCUCCUACCCCGUCUACCGCUCCUUCUUGGAGUUCCUCUACACUGACAACGUAGACCUGCCCCCAGAGGACGCCAUCGGCCUGUUGGACCUGGCCACAUCCUACUGUGAGAACCGUCUGAAACGUCUGUGUCAACACAUCAUUAAGAGAGGAAUCACCGUGGAGAACGCCUUCUCUCUGCUCUCUGCCGCCGUGCGAUACGAUGCUGAGGACCUGGAGGAGUUCUGCUUCAAGUUCUGUGUGAACCACCUGACAGAGGUGACCCAGACUGCAGCCUUCUGGCAGAUCGAUGGCAACAUGCUCAAAGAGUUCAUCUGCAGAGCCAGCCGCUGUGGGGCCUUCAAAAACUGACUGACCACUAACCAGCCCCGAAGGAAGGACGAGGAAAGGGCUAGCAUGAACUGGUUUGGCUUGACACUACUUGGCCAUGGUAGAAAGGACAAAGAAGGAAAUGGUAUGAACAUGGAAACGGCUAGCUUGAACCGGAUCUCUAAAUUGCCAUAUUAUUCAUCCAUUGAGACAAUGUCUGGAGUGGUCAUCUGGUGAGGUCAUCUGGUGACUAUGGCUCACCUCCAGUUACACAGCCAAAGAAGCCAAAGCCAGUCCCUGCCUAUGCACCUAAUAUUCCACGCGGACAGGUGGCACUGUGGGGAGGAAGUUCCUUUACCAGUCAAAACAGUGACAUCAGAGUUCGUUGUCUGUCACUGCAUGUUUACAAACCUGCUAAAUGGCAUCAGACUACUCAGUUAGCGUCAGUUUAAUUGGAGGACCAUAGAUCUAGCUUAAGAUGGACACUGUUACAUGCCUGACAAUGUCUGGUGGCAGGUCAUGGCAGUCAACCCCCCAAUUUGCAGAUUAUUAUUAUUUUAUUUUUUUGCAUCAAAGCUGUGUACUUUGCUCUACUGUUGAAGGGUUGGAUGUAGCUGGCCAGAAAUAUAUUUUACAGGGUUUAUGUGGAUGUUUUGAGGAAAUGACAGUUUCAAUAUUAAUUGUUAAUAUGCUGUGUACUGACAAAGUAGAGCAGAGCUUGUCAUUUAUUCAUUCAGGCACGUUAAUUCUCGAGACUUGAGAUGAACAUGGUGAUGCAAUGCAACAAUGAGCAGGAACUUGGUUUUCAACUCUUCAGUUCUUUUACCAGACAGAAAACAAAACAUUUGGACCAUAUACAACUUGUUACUCUUUGAACUUUUUUAUUCUUACAAAAAUAGAUAUCAACAUUUUUUACUAUUACUUAUUGCAUUCCUUUGGUUGAGAUUACCCAAGCAUUUCCAAUCAUUCUGCUGCUUUGAAUAUUGUUUUAAUGGUUUAACGUUCAUUACUACAUUCUAAUUUACUUUGAAGCGAGUGUUUGUACUGAGAUUUAAAUUCAACGCAUUGUAUUCUUAGAUUAUAAUUUUUUCAGAAAUAAUUUGUUGCUUAUGUUUAUUUUUGCAAUUACAUUUAUUUUGAAAUAUUUACAAUUAUUUAGGAUGGAAACAGUUGCUAUUGGUGCCACAAUUCUCAACAUGUUUAUCGACUUGCUAGUCAUGAGAUGCAACCACUUUGAAAUAAACAAAACUACAUUAUUGUA